UGCUGUGAAUUUGUAAUUUGAGAUCGAGAAAGCAGUCAGUUACUACAUAGCAGGGUAUUCCCAUAGCAAACUAUAGCAACAAAUAUGCCCAAGCCUUCUCCUUUGUGAGAGCUUUUAAUUAUAUACAUUUGAAAUAUUCUGUGACUCAUGAGAAAUUCAUGAUAGCUUCCAGCUGUCUCAAGAUUCAUAAGCCACCUAGCAAUACUCAUGAUUUGAUGAUGAAACACUUAGCUACAAGAGAACCGCCCCUGAUCACAUUUAGCUAUUGAAACUAUUCAUGAGGAAUGGAACCUCCGAUCUGGUUCCCCGUGGACAUGUACAGACCAAAUGACAUCUGCCACACGUAAUCAGGUCCUGUCACUGUAUAUGAGGGUAUUUCGGAUCGCCCGGGGCUGGCAGUCCACACUCCCACAAGAGACUGAGAGCGAGAGACGGUACAUUGUCCAGGAGGCCCAGACCCUCUUCAGACAGAACCAACAGCUGACAGAUCAUACAUCAAUAAAGAAGUGCAUAGACGAAUGUGAGGCAAGGAUAGGAAUUGGUCUUCAUUACAGGAAUCCCUAUCCAAGACCUCUCUACCUGCCUGUAAUGGGUCUGGCAACCCAGAAAGGCAGGAAGCUGAAAGCACAGCAACGCAUGAGGAAGCAGGCCAAGCCGGUUUACUUACAGUCACAUGACGAAGACAAUUGAGACUAGAUUAACUCAUGUUGCCAAGGACAGGAAGACCGUCACUGGCUGAUCUCAGGAGGAGUUGAGUUCAUAUGACCACUCAGCUGUAGAUGACAAAAGUCAUUUAUAUCCAAUGUUCAUCACGCACAUCAAUGUUCAUCAAGCACAUUUCAAUGCGCCCCGCAGGAUCCAAUCCAUCAUGUCUGUGCAACAGUAUACUUUACCGAGUAUAUGUAUGCAUGCAUUUCCUGACAAAAGCUGCUAUGUAAAUGUCAGUCUUGUCUGUCCCGUAAGAUAGUCAGCCUAAAAGAUGUAUGAUAUUGUUUUGACUAUUUAUUCUUUCAAUAAAUUGAGUUUUGAUAAAUGCCACUCCUCUGCAUUCAUGCUUUCAAUAAAUAAAUAAAAAGACAGGUGAAAUCUGUCAGGUAGAAAAAUA